UUAAAACUCUUUUUAUGGCAUGAAUUUAUGAAACAUUUAAGUUUUUGUCUUGGUAAUAUGACUAUUUUUUUAGUGAAAAUAUGUCCCAAGGAAGAGUAAACUUACUAGUUAAUGUUUUUAUACUUAUUUGAUUAGAUGCAUGGCGUUUAGGGAUUGAAGAAGGUCCAGGGAGUGAGCAUUGAGAUUUGAGGACUUAAAAGAGGUAUGACGAAAGGAUGACAGAUCAAGCGGCAAUAGCUUCUGUUCACCAGUCUUUGAGAAAAUGCUUUGAUGUCAUAGAACAGCAGGAGGGAGCCUGGCAGCUUGCUUUACAGGAAUGUGAACCAUUGCUCUCCACUCUGAGUAACUUGGCAGAGCAAUUACUGGCCUGUCAGAAAGUCAGUUUCAGUAAUACAGCUCUGAGUAUCUUCCCAGAUUUACAGGAAUGUCUUCACUACAAGCUUGAGGGGGCUAUGGAAGCCACUCUUGAGAAUCUAAAUGAUAAAAUAUUAUCUAUGCAGAAAGUGAAGGAUGCUGUGAGUCAUCAUGUGGGGUCUGUAUUCUAUGUCUAUGAAGUUAAUGCAGACAAGAUCGGUCUUGAGGCUUCUCUGGAGCGUUCAGCUAUUAGUCCAUCCAUUGCUGACAUGCUAGAGUGGCUGCAGAACAUUGAAAAACAUUACAGAAACCAGAUGAAGCUGCUUCUACAAGUACGUAGUGAUUGUCUUGCAGAGAUUCAGGCAUUACCACAAACCUGGGGUAAAUUAGGAGACAAAUCACCAUCUAUACAUCAGUUAGUGGAGGAUACCUUGUUAAACGUGGCCUUUUUCCGAGAGAAUACGUGAUGCAGACUUGGAAAUGUUCUGAAGAAUCAUUUUGUAGUUCAUGAAAAUAUCUUCAAGAGGGACAUGCUGGUUUUUCCUUUAUAUUGUACAUAUAACAAAUAAAUAAUAGUUCCAUUAAAAGACUUUGGGACCAAUUCUCCAAAACUCUCCAGGCUGGAGUGAAAUAUUUUUGCAGACAGAAGCGGAGUCCCAGAGAGAUGGAGCUGAUCCCCUUAGAAAGUAUUGAAACAGUCUCUAAUGCAGAAUCUCAAGGGGGUAGGAGGCGGUUAUCUGGCGAGCAUCCAGCACUAAUAUAAAUUCUCUGUUUGAAGCAAAAACAAGAUAAACAGUUUUAAUUUAUAUUUUAUUCUAGUUAUGCGUAAUUACUUUUCUGAUACAAAUGUAUAGAGAUCCGCUCCAAAUGAAAGAACGCACAGGCUCACUAAGGUAAACGAUUACCUAACAAAAUCGUUCUUAGUGUAGUAGUUAAUAAGUAUAAGGAGCGCCACCCUGGGGGGGGGAGGGCGCGGCAAGAUACCAAUUAGGUGCUACAAAGUGCUGUGAAAGGCUAUGUAGUGUAUAAAGCGUUUGCAGGAAUCAUAAGCACUAUUCUAAACGGAAAGCUAUGAAGGACUGCAAUUAGCUAGUAUCAUUUACACACUUAGAUUAAUAAAUGUGGUAGCUGCCAUACAAAGGUGGCUAAGUUUUAGAAAGUACUUGGGAAAGCUAUAGUGUGUUGCAAAAUGUUACAAAAAGCUACAGAAUGCUAAAAAAGGUUACAAAGUGCUGCGAGAUGUUUCAAAAUAUUGCUAACAAAGUGCUGCAAAAAGUUACAGAGUGCUGCAAACCACUACAAAGCGAUGUGGAAUGCUACAAAAUAUUACUGACAAAGUGCUACAAAAAGAAACAAAGUGCUGCUGAAAGCUAUAGAAUAUUGCUACAAAGUGGUGAAAAAAGAGAUUACAAAGUGCUUUAAAGCCUCUAGAUAAGAGAAUAGUUACACAGUCUUAAAAUGUAUAUUCCAUUAAACAGUUUAAUACACACAGGUUAAAUGAACAUUUGAUUAGAAAGUUAAAACCAAUACUAGCGAUGUGCAUCCAUUAAAGGAACAAAUCCAUUUGGGGAACAGAUUUAAUAUCAUGGCCAAGAUGUAAGAAAUAUAAAAGAAACAUGAAAAAAAUGCUGCUGCAAUAUGGUUAUGUCAAUAAAAAUUUGUCAAUAUUAUGUCCAAAUGAACUGGUAUGUCCAAAUAAACAAAAAUGUUCAAUGAA